UUACAGUAACGCCAUCACUACCUCGGCCAAGAUGGCGGCGCCCGUAAUUGAAACAUGCCAUGUAGCUUGUUGCGCAAAUAGGACACCAAACGUCGUUUCUUGGAGUCGUGGAGGUGUCAUUGCUUUUGGGACAUGUAACUCAGUGGCUCUGUAUGACCCACAGGAAAGGAGAGUUAUCAGUGUGCUGAACGGACACACGGGCCGAGUGAAUACAGUCCAGUGGGUUCACAGAGAGGAUUGUGCUCUGGAGAGUCAUCUCGUCUCAGGAGGCUCAGACAAUCAGCUCAUACUCUGGGAGGCCCAAAAUGGGAAGUUCAACCAGUCAGUGCAGUGUAAGGGCCACACUGGUCCAGUUUGUGCUGUGGAUGCUAUCUACACAGAGUACUCAAAGAUCCUGGUGGCCUCUUCAGCAUCAGACUCCACAGUCAGACUUUGGCUUUGCAGUGAAGCUAAAGAAGCUGAGUGCCUCCGUACGCUGUCAUUUGGCAGUGGCUUCAUGAUGGAUGUCUCUCUGGCACUGUUGCCAGGCAGCAGAGUUCCCAUAUUGGCCUGCGGGGGUGAUGACUCUCGGGUGCAUCUGUAUGUGCAGUCCAGCGGGCAGCUCCAGAAUGUUCUGUCACUGCAAGGACAUGAAGACUGGGUUCGUGGAGUGGAAUGGCUAUCUGUAGGUGGGGAGCUGUUAUUAGCCAGCUGUUCACAGGACUGUCUCAUCAGAGUGUGGAGGCUACGUGCCAAGUCUGGGACAGACGCUGGCACAAAGGACGAUCACACCAUCAUCCGAAUGAAAGAGGAUGUUUUUGAAGUGAAGGAGAGAGUGUUUGCUGUGUCUCUCGAGACGGUCCUGGCAGGUCAUGAGAACUGGGUGUAUGGAAUUCACUGGCAGCCUCCAUUUUACAAAGGUGGGGAGCUGCAGCAGCCUCUUAGUCUGCUUUCUGCUUCCAUGGACAAAACCAUGAUCCUCUGGGCUCCCGAGGAAGGAUCUGGAGUCUGGGUGGAGCAGGUGCGUGUCGGAGAGGUUGGUGGAAACACUCUGGGUUUCUACGGCUGCCAGAUGAGUCCAGAUGGCUCAAUGGUUGUGGCUCAUGCUUUUCAUGGAGCGUUACAUCUCUGGUGCAAGGACCAAGACAAAGAAGGCGAGUGGAGACCUGGGGUUGUGAUAUCAGGUCACUUCAAUGCAGUCCAGGACCUGAGCUGGGAUCCUGAGGGUGAGUUCAUCCUCAGCGUGGGCUCAGACCAGACCACCAGACUCUUCACUCCAUGGAGGAAACAAGAUGCCCAACAGCCAACCUGGCAUGAACUCUCACGGCCACAGAUCCAUGGAUAUGACAUGCAAUGUCUGGCCAUGGUUGGAAGGUUUCAGUUUGUGUCUGGAGCUGAUGAGAAGGUCCUGCGAGUUUUUCAAGCACCUCGGAACUUUGUGGAGAACUUUGCUAACAUCUCAGGGACUUCAAGAGAAAAGCUGCUGGCCUCCAGUGACUCUGCCACCCUUCCAGAAGGAGCCAGCACACCUGCCCUGGGUCUGUCCAACAAGGCUGUAUUUCAAGGUGACCUUGUCCCAAAAAUCAGUGAAGGCAAGGAGCAGUUCAACAGCAUAUCUGAUCAGUACCAGGAGUCCUCCUUCCACCCGCUCAACCUGACCGAGCCGCCACCAGAGGAUCAUCUUCUCCAGAACACACUGUGGCCCGAGGUCCAGAAACUGUACGGCCAUGGCUUUGAGAUGUUCUGUCUAGCAUCUGACAGCUCCAGGAUGGUGGUGGCAUCCGCAUGCAAGGCAUCUAAAUCCGAGCAUGCAGCAGUGCUGCUGUGGAGCACGACAACAUGGCAUCAGCUGCAGACACUGCCAUGCCACACCCUCACCGUCACCCAGAUGGCCUUCUCACCUGACACACAAUUCCUGUUGGCUGUUUCUCGUGAUCGUACCUGGUCAUUAUGGAGACGGGACCUGCCCACACCUGAAAGUCCUGAGCCCCAGUUCUCUCUGCACGCACGCACAGGGAAGGACACAGCCAUACACACCCGAAUCAUCUGGUCAUGUGACUGGAGCGCUGACAGCAAAUAUUUUGUGACGUCAAGUCGGGAUAAGAAGCUGAUAGUGUGGGGCCCAUGCAGAUUUGAGGACUCUGGAGACCCUGCGCUUCUACUUGAUAUUAAACCCUGUUCCUCCAUCUUGGAUGUGGGUGAUUCUGCUACUGCUGUGGCGUUCUGUCCUGAGCUCUGCUGUGAUAACAGAUACCUGCUGGCAGUUGGCUUGGAGUGCGGCAGAAUCCUGCUGUACAGGUGGAGCGCCAGCCAGGAGCCCGCCGGCGGACACGACUGGAGCAUCUGCGGAGAAACGGACACCUCACAAAGCCAUGCUUUAGCGGUCAAGAGGCUCCGCUGGAGGCCCAGGGCUGGCCGAGCAGGUCGAGACAACAACAAGAGGGAUAGACAGACUGGCGGAAAAAGUGAAAUCGAGGAGGACAGCUCCUGGGUCCAGCUUGCCAGUGCUAGUGCUGACCACUCUGUCAAAAUCUUCAACAUCAACAAACGGGCUCUUUAGCACCAGCAACACUGACACUAUUCUGUCUCUCACACCCAGAGAGACGCUUGGACUGAGGGCCACAGGCCUGACUGGGCCACUAAAGCCACAGCUGCUCGCUGGCAAGCCAUUCACUCCCUGUGACAGCUGGUUAAGUCACGGGUCACUCACAGGAUAAACCCACAGCACACAAUAGCCUGCAGUCUGUCUGCAGGCAUCUGAACAUGUGUGAUGGGUGGAAGUAAGAUGGUGAAAACACCAUGACUUGUUUUAGAUUCAGAGAAGAAGAUGCUGCAGGAUAUCUACAGUAUACAGAUCAAAUAUUAAGGCAGGCUAUCAAAGUAAACAUUUAUAUAGUGAACUGUUCUUACAGCAACAAAUCAAGGAAGUGAUUAGGUCAUGGUGGCUUUUCAUUCUGGUUGUUAAAGAUGUCAUUAAUUGCACAGUAUGCAUGGUGUUUAUUUGUUUUAUGACCAGUUAAUGUCUUCGGUCUCUAAAUGAAGUUGUACCGAUUGUAAAAUCACACAACUGUUAAAUACAGGUUGAACAUGGGUAGCGGUGCUACCUUAAAAGGGACAUGUUUUUAUGGUUUAACCCAGUUACUAAAAGUCUUGACAUACAGUACAACUAAUAAUUUUGCAAGUUCUGUUGCUGUGUUUUCGAUUUUUAUUUUUUUAUAUUUUAUUUUCCAGCCAGCGUUUUUCAUUUUUUUCUGUAUGAAUCCACAGACUUGUGCAGUUUGCAUUAGCAAUCACACUGUCUGCAUUUGCCUUAUUAUAACAAAUAAAAACAAUAA